AUGGCGUCCCCAAAACCCUCCCCUAAUCCACUUCUCUCUCUGUCCUCCUCCGUCUACCAACAUUGUAACAGACUCGGCGCCGAACUCGCGAGGGGGUUGUCAGGGAAAACACGUGUUCGACCUUGCUCUGAGCUCGGAACAGGUGGCGAAGACUCUCGUCGAACGACGCUAUACACAGUUAGCAACUCCAAUAACGAGUUCGUGCUCAUUUCUGAUCCCAAUAGCCUCAAGUCCAUUGGAUUGCUCUGCUUUCGCCAAGAAGACGCCGAAGCAUUUCUCGCUCAGGUCCAAUCACGAAAGAGGGAAUUGCGAAGCAAGGCUAAAGUUGUGCCGAUUACACUUGACCAGGUCUACUCACUGAAGGUUGAAGGAAUUGCAUUUCGUUUUUUACCUGAUCCAAUUCAAAUUAAGAAUGCAUUAGAGCUGAAAGCAUCAGAUAUCAAGGGUGGAUUUGAUGGUGUUCCUGUUUUCCAGUCUGACCUUCUGGUUGUGAGGAAGAGAAAUAGACGUUACUGCCCGAUAUAUUUUUGUAAGGAAGAUAUAGAAAAAGAACUGUCAACAGUUUCAAGAGCAUCUAGGGGACCAGGGGUUUCUCAACACAUCAUGGUGGGAAGCUUGGAAAAUGUUCUUAAGAAAAUGGAGAUGAGUGAGAAGAACUCUGGUUGGGAGGAUUUGAUUUUCAUUCCGCCUGGUAAAAGCCAUUCUCAACACUUUCAGGAAGUGGUGAAUGCGUGA